GCGGCGCUAGCGCUGGGUGUGUGUGCGAGUGAGUGAGCGAGUGAGGGAGCGAGAGGCAAGAAGGGCGUGCGCCGUUACCUCGUUCUGCUGCCGUUGCGGACCUGCCGGACACUCUGAAAAUGGCAGAAGCCCAUCAAGCAGUAGCAUUUCAGUUUACAGUAACUCCAGAUGGGAUUGACCUGCGAAUGAGCCAUGAGGCUCUCAAGCAGGUCUAUCUCUCUGGUCUUCAUUCCUGGAAGAAAAAGUUCAUCAGAUUCAAGAAUGGGAUUAUUACUGGUGUGUAUCCUGCUAGUCCAUCCAGUUGGCUUAUUGUAGUGGUGGGCGUGAUGUCAACAAUGUAUGCCAAAAUUGAUCCUUCCUUAGGAAUAAUCUCUAAAAUCAACCAAACUCUUGAUACAACUGGUUAUAUGUCCAACCAAACACAGAACAUUGUGAGUGGGAUACUUUUUGGCACAGGCCUGUGGGUGGCCCUCAUUAUCACAAUGCGCUACUCGCUAAAGAUGCUUCUUUCCUACCAUGGAUGGAUGUUCGCUGAACAUGGCAGACUUUCUACCGGAACCAAGAUUUGGAUGUCACUAGUAAAGCUUUUCUCAGGAUGUAAACCAAUGUUAUACAGCUUCCAGACAUCUCUGCCACGACUACCAGUCCCAUCUAUUAAAGACACUGUUACCAGGUAUCUGGAAUCAGUUCGGCCACUUAUGAAUGAUGUAGAAUUCAAAAGAAUGGAUGGUCUUGCCAAAGAUUUUGCAGUUAAUCUUGGACCAAGACUCCAGUGGUAUUUGAAGCUGAAAUCCUGGUGGGCUACAAACUAUGUUAGUGAUUGGUGGGAAGAGUACAUCUACCUUAGAGGACGUGGGCCAAUAAUGGUUAAUAGUAAUUACUAUGCAAUGGACUUCUUGUGUGUUGCUCCUACAUCUAUUCAGGCUGCUAGAGCUGGUAAUGUUAUACAUGCACUUCUGCUGUACAGAAAGCAACUGGACAGACAAGAAAUCAAGCCAAUUCUUCUGAUGGGAUCCACUGUUCCACUCUGCUCAGCUCAGUGGGAGCGGAUGUUUAAUACCUCCCGUAUCCCAGGAGAGGAAACAGACACUCUCCAGCAUGUGAAGGAUAGCAAACACAUUGUUGUGUAUCAUAAAGGACGUUACUUCAAAGUCUGGGUGUACCAUGAUGGCAGAUUGUUGAAACCUCGAGAAAUUGAGCAGCAGAUGCAAAGAAUUCUAGAUGACAGUUCAAAGUCGCUUCCUGGAGAAGAGAAAUUAGCAGCUCUUACUGCAGGAGAUAGAAUACCAUGGGCUAAAGCUCGUCAAGCCUAUUUUGGACGGGGAAAAAACAAGCAUUCCUUGGAUGCAGUUGAAAAAGCAGCUUUCUUUGUAACUUUGGAUGAAAGUGAGCAAGGAUACAGGGAAGAGGAUCCAGUGACAUCAUUGGACACAUAUGCAAAGUCACUGCUGCAUGGCAGAUGUUAUGACCGAUGGUUUGACAAAACAUUCACGUUGGUUGUGUUCAAAAAUGGCAAAAUGGGCCUGAAUGCAGAGCACUCUUGGGCAGAUGCUCCUAUUAUUGGGCACCUGUGGGAGACUACUAUGGCAAAUGACUACCUCCUGCUGGGUUAUUCAGAGGAUGGACAUUGCAGAGGAGACACCCAUCAAAAUAUUCCUUUUCCUACCAGACUACAGUGGGAAAUCCCUGAAGAAUGCCAAGAAGUGAUUGAGAAGUCUCUGAGUACUGCAAGUGCUCUUGCAGAGGAUGUGGAUUUUCACUCUUUUCCCUUUGACACUUUCGGAAAAGGUUUAAUCAAAAAAGCCAAAAUAAGCCCUGAUGCCUUUGUACAACUUUCUCUACAACUGGCUCACUAUCGGGACAUGGGAAAAUUCUGCUUAACUUACGAAGCCUCUAUGACACGCCUGUUCAGAGAGGGCAGGACAGAAACAGUUCGCUCGUGUACUACUGAAUCAUGCAGUUUUGUUCGAGCCAUGGAAGAUCCAGCUGAAAGUACUGAGAAGAAGCUUAAGCUACUCAGGAUUGCUGCUGCUAAACAUCAGCAUUUGUAUCGCUUUGCCAUGACGGGUGCUGGCGUUGAUCGCCAUCUCUUCUGCCUUUAUGUUGUGUCCAAGUAUCUUGGUGUUGAUUCUCCUUUCCUUAAGGAAGUUUUAUCAGAGCCUUGGAGAUUGUCAACAAGUCAAACACCGCACCAGCACAUAGAUCUGGAGAAGAACCCUGAGUGUGUGUGCAGUGGAGGCGGCUUUGGACCUGUUGCUGAUGAUGGCUAUGGUGUAUCUUACAUUAUUGUGGGGGAAAAAUUAAUCAAUUUCCAUGUGUCCAGCAAAUUCUCUUGUCCUGAGACGGAUUCUCAUCGUUUUGGAGAGAACAUCAGACGAGCAAUGAUUGACAUUGUGUCUUUAUUUGGCUUUGGUAAAAACUCUACCAAGUGAUUGUCUUAUAUCAAUGCAGUCAGUCUCUUGCUGUUGGGGUGAGAACUCUUCUGAUCAGUGAAUGGAAAUCAAAGCACAUACUAAGCAACAGUUGAGGGGCACCUGAGUCACAAUUAUCUCUGAACAAGGAUUCCUCAUCUUGGGCGUAAUUCAAAUGCUCCAUCAUUUUGCAGCUCAGAAGAGUUUUCUUUCCACAAAGGAUGGCUUUUGAUAUUCUAUGCAUUUCUAGAAAUACAGCAAGACAACAUUAUGUGAAAGCAUAUGUACUCUAACUACUCUAGGCUUAUCUAAGUUUUGUGUACAUUUGAUUAUUGUUACUUUAAAAUCUGAGUCUACUUAUAUUCCAUAAAUGAAAUGAUAAAAUGUAUUAAGUUAACCUCAAAAUGGCAGUAAAGAGUUAAUAUGUACUGGUAACAGAAUAUUGAUUAAAAUGUAUCUGUUGCUUCUAUCAAUGACCAGAUGGGGCAUUCACUUUCCUUCACCUUUUAAAUAUAAAUGUAACCCUGACUUAACUUGAAUGUAAUGUUCUAGCUGAAAAAAUAUCUGUGCUUUUUUGAAAUACGUAUGUUACAGUGGGUGAUAAAAUGCUUGCAUUAUCUAAGAUGGCAGGUGUCAUCUACUUUUUCUCCAUGUUUUAUAAGCAUGUAGUUUUACCACAGCUUUAAUUGUACUGCCAUAUGAAAGGGCCUGCAUGUUUGUUCAAGCCAGUGCCUUACAAAUGAAAGGCCCUACAUCCAGGAAAAUCCUUACACUGUGAGGUUGUUUGCAUUAUUUCUAUAAAGUUUCUAUGAUGGAAUAGGUGAAUGGGAUUGGACAUAAGCUCUUAAAUAAUUUAUUUUGAUGCAACGUAAGGUAAAAGUGAGCAUGUUUCUGUGUAGUGCAAUCUGGCUCUUUUGUACAAUGAAAGAACAGCCCCUGGUGAGAAACAGAGCUCAGUUCUUUUCAGAACUACUACAUUUCUUAGAAAACACCAUUUGUCCUGUGGGAUAUCAAAUAACACCUAAGACAACUGCUGCAUUUUGUGCACAGAUUCUCUUAGGUUUCACAGAUUGUAAUCAUUAGUAACAAGUAAACUUGUUGGAAAAUCUACAGCAGCAGACUGACUGAAGCUGAAAACUGCAGCUUGUUUCCUCUUAUACCAUCACUAUAAUUCCCUUCAUCUACAUGGGGAAAAGGUUAGGAGUUCACACCAUAGAAAUAAUGGUCCCAGAAAAGAAAAAUGUCUGUCUCAGAUCCCUGCCUGGGCAGGUCAUUGAUCAAGUUAAAAAAAGAUCCUGCCUGAGGAAAGCAAUAGGAGGGAGAGAACUUGCGUAGUUUCUCAAUCUUAAAAAGAUUGAGAGUAUUUUCUGAGUAAUACUUCUAGUUUUUACAUCUCUCUCAAAGAUUUUCAUCCUGAACGAUAUGCAAAUUUAACUCCUACAUUUAAAAAAGAGGCCUUGAUGAGGGUCAGAGCUGAGUAGUUAUGUAAAUAUUGUAAUGCAAGAACCCCACAGAAAUGGGCCAAAGACUUUUUAUUUGGUCAAGGACAAAAAGAUUAUGACAUAAGCCUUACUGCAACUGUGGCAUCUAAUCAAACAGCUGCAGCAAUUUCAUGGUUAAUUGUCCUUUUAUAGCUGCAGAAAUCAUGCACUAUUUAUAUUGACCACUGACCAAUCUGUUAAAUUAACAUAAACAUGUUAGCUUGUAGAAUAAUUUUUUUAUUAAGAACACAUUUAGGUUGACUCUCAGGUUUUAAAUGUUUCAAAUGUAAUUGUAGUUAGUGCAGUUAUCAAUGCAAUUUUACAUUCUUUAACAGAAUGUAAACAUGAUUGGCACAGGAAGAAUUGGUUUUUAUUGUACAUGUUGAAAAGGGUGAUAAAAAAAGUGUUAUGUAUUUUUAUUUGCAGCAGAUCCUAAUUUCCAAACAGAUCUUGCUUGCAUUUCAUUUAUGUUAGAAUGUUAACUGCAUGUAAAUAAAAUGUACUUCUUUGGAUGUAAAUCUUAGAAAUACACAGUGAAUGUAAGCUAUCAUUAAUAAAGCAAUUAAUUUAAAUUGUCAUAUUCUCCAUAUUGUGUAUACUAUAAAACCACUCAUUUCUGUUUUCUUAAAUGCCAUAGGAAUAUGACUAGUAAUUGCUAUUUUUAAUUAUUUUUCCAGUAUGUUGUAUUUAAUAUUAGAGUCACUAUUGAGUUAAAAUAUAUUUCAGAAAAAAAUGGAUUGGUUACUAAUACUUUUAAUCACUGAUUCUAAAACAGUGAAAUAAGAGAAGGAGAGGAGGAAAAACUGAAGUUGAAUGGACAUUAGAAUUUGGAUGGAAUGAUAGUAAUAAACUAUUGCAUGGCAGUAAGGAAUUGACUGGAUCCCUCCGCUGCAAAAUUCCAGAUUUCAAAUUUUUGUUUCAGACCAACACGGCUACUAAGUACACCCCUGAAACAUGGAAGAUGCCGAAUUUCAGCCGAUUUUGGAUUUUAAACUUCUUUGCAGAACAACAAGGAAGUUUGUUUGUUUUUUUUGCCUCCCUACCUACCAUCUGACACCUUCAGGGAGGAAUUCUACCUGAUCAACACAUCAAAAAGCUACUCAACACAGCUCGCAAAGACACUCUCAUGGACCCAGAGGGACAGACUUCCAUCUUCAGCUCCCUCUGUGCAAAAAUGAAGUUUAUUUCCUGCCUAUGGGGACUUUUUACCAUCUUGUACCAUCUACACUUUUCCCAGAGCCUGACAAAGGGACUUUGAUUCCCAAAAGCUUGCAGAAAAGGACAGUUUUCUUGCCAUUUUCCAGUUGGUCUAAUAAAAGGUAUCAUUUUGGAAUCAAGAGUUCUAGUUUUUUGUGUCAGAUUUCUAAGGGUAAAUUUGUGAGAGAGAGAUUAGAAAUGGUUUAAAGGUAUUUGGAUGUUAAUGUUUACUAUGGUUAACUACUAAUGCUUUUUCAACCUUAACUGUUUUAAGGUUUUUUUUGUAGAGAAUAUAAAUUUAAGUACUUAAACUUUAGCCCCACACAUUUUCAAAUUUACCAACCUAAUCUAUCCCUUUUACUGCAUUUUUGCUUUCCUAUAUAAACAUUACUUAUUUAAAUAUAAGUAAAUUAUGUUCAUUUACUCCACUUGUAAUACUGCCUUUUUGUUGUCAGUUAUUUACAUCCAACUCUGAUUUCUUUAAUUGUGUCUAUAUAUUUAUGUUCUCCCUUUUUUCUGUGACUUAGAAAUAAAAACUAAGGUUUUUGCAAUUACCACUGCUACCACUACCACAUCUUUUUAUACUUCUCUACAUCUUGCUCUCCCCAUUCCUAUGUUCUUGGACCCAUUUGUUGUACAUUAUUUCAUCUAAUUAGAACAUUUAUUGAAAACCUAAUAAGCAGACAGCAUUCCUGGCAGAUUCAGACUGGUGAUGGAAAAAUAUUUACCUCUUUUACAGUGAUUUAUCUACUGAAAUAUAGCGAAUUAGCAGGUAUUUAGAUGAUGCAAUAUAGGAACAACUUGUCUCUGUGAUAGUGUUUUACAUUGCUAAUAUAACCCUGUAAAAGUCUGUCUGUAUAUCAUAUAUUUUAUAGCAUGAUAUGGCUCAGGACAUGCCCAGCAUUUCUUUUAUUGUAAUACACGCCAAACUUAAAAUUCGUACUUGAGAUCUUACAUAUCCUCCAUCUCUGGAAGAUAGCACUCUGAUUGUGUAAUCUGGAAUUUAAUGUAAAAGGAAUUCCUCAAUAAAGAUUGAAUUGUU